AUGGCGGAGAGUGAAGACUUUAUUGACGACGACGUGGACGGCAUUUUAAUGCUGGAAAGCCAUGCGAGGAAAAAUGGACACGCGGCCCUUUUCUCGACUUCAUCUCCGAAACAUCCGAAACCAAAUAAUAAGGGCACCCCGGUGAAACGGAUGUCCAGGUCCGUGUUGGCGUUAGACGCACCUGCUGCAAUAACCGGGAACAAGGGCCAAUAUUCGAGACACUCGAUCGGAGGCAUCAGGGCCAGAGCGAAAUCCGCGAAACCCGGUGGCAGGUCCAUUUCUGCGGUGGAACCCUUCGUGGGCACGAGCAGCAGCAACAGGGUUGCCGAGUCUGAGUCCGGAUCGGUGGUGUGCAGGAAGUUCAGUGCGACCCCUGCUCACCCGCCGACCCGUGAACCCGGGGUCAGGGAAGUGCCGGCUUUCUCAGUGCAGAGUUUGCAAAAAAAUGCCAAACCAAAGCCCCCACCGGGACCCAGGAGACCACCACUGGACCAAACGCCAAAGUCCACAAUAUUCAGAAAGUACUACCUCAGGGGUGAUUUCCCAUUGUGCAUCCGCCAUGAUGCGAAGGGCAAUAAAUUGGACUGGAAAGUUCCUUUGGACGAAGUUGAUCUGGCACAUCUCCUGCCAAUAUUUUUCGAAGGCUUGGCUGAAGUGGAAUACCCUUAUGAAUUUAUUGCAAAAGCGGGAAUCGCUGACAUGGUAGAGAAAGGAGGUCAAAAGCUGCUCCCUGUGCUGCCCUAUUUGAUCCCUCCCCUAAGAAGGGCUUUGGAAACCCGGCAUCCAAAGGUUAUGGGCACAGCUUUGCGAGUGGUCCAACAGUUGGCAACCUGCUGCCGAGAAAUGGGACAAAUGCUGGUCCCUUACUACCGUCACAUCCUGCCGACACUCAACUCCUUCAUCAAUAAAAACCGAAAUAUUUAUGAUGGCAUUGAUUAUGGCCAGUUCAGAGGAGAAAAUCUGGGGGAUCUGAUCUGGGAGACUUUGGAAGUUCUGGAGAAGACUGGUGGUCCUUUGGCAUUCAUCAACAUCAAAUACGUCAUUCCCAUUUAUGAGUCGUGUUUGCUUUACUAG